UUAAGUGCAAGGAUGACCAUGAUUUUUUCGAAUAAUUCUCAUCUCUUCCCACAUACUUUCUUCUUGACUGGCAUCCCAGGGGUGACUGCUGUCCACAUUUGGAUCUCACUUCCCUUUUGCUUCAUGUUCUUGCUUGCAGUAAUAGGGAAUAGUGUCCUGCUUUUUCUCAUUCAGAGAGAGUGCAGCCUUCACCAACCCAUGUUUUUCUUUCUUGCCAUGCUCUCCUUUGUUGACCUAGUCCUCUCCCUCUCUGCUCUGCCCAAGAUGCUGGCCAUUUUCUGGUUUGGUGCUACAGCCAUCAAUUUCCAUUCUUGUCUUUCUCAGAUGUUCUUCAUCCACGCAUUCUCUGCCAUGGAGUCAGGAGUGCUGGAGGCCAUGGCCCUGGAUCGCUUUGUGGCCAUUUGUAACCCUCUGUGCUAUGCAACCAUCCUUAACCCAGUUGUUGUUGCCAAGAUUGGAGGCCUAGUGGUGCUGAGGGGUGUGGGUUUGACCAUCUCAUUUCCAAGCCUGGCCCAUCAGCUUCCCUACUGUGGCUCACACACAAUUGCCUAUACCUACUGUGAGCAUAUGGCUGUGGUCAAGCUGGCCUGCGGUGCCACCACUGUGGACAACCUCUAUGCCUUUGCUGUGGCAAUUUCUCUUGGUGUGGAUGAUGUGGCCUUUAUUGCGUACUCCUAUGGGAAGAUUGUGAGAACUGUGAUGCAUUCUUCUUCCCCUGAGUCAUGUGGCAAAGCAGGCAGCACAUGCACGGCCCAUGUCUGUGUCAUCCUCUUCUUCUAUGGACGAGGUUUUCUUUCUGUGGCCAUGCAGCUGUUUGGGCCACCCAUUGCCUCUGCUUUCAAGGUCAUCCUUGCCAAUCUCUACUUGCUCUUUCCCCCUGCACUGGACCCCAUUGUGUAUGGAGUCAAGACAAAGCAGAUACGUGACCAGCUGUUCAGAGUUCUGACCCCCAAUCAGAUUGACCCCAUUUGA